ACACUGGCCACGGAAUCAUUCAACCAGUUCUCGUCUUCCAGCUCCAAUGGAGAGCCUGUGGCGCGCGGCGCUUGGCAUGUCGGAGAAUUCCACCAACUACGACGGCGUCGAGUUUUGGUCCAAUCCCGAGCGAACUGGAUGGCUCACCAAGCAGGGCGAGUACAUCAAGACCUGGCGCCGCCGUUGGUUCGUCCUUAAGCAGGGCAAACUCUUCUGGUUCAAGGACUCCGCCGUCACACGCACCUCUCGACCACGCGGUGUCAUCCCCGUCGCCACGUGCCUCACCGUCAAAGGCGCCGAAGACAUCCUCAACAAGCCCAACGCAUUUGAGCUUUCCACGCGCUCCGACACCAUGUACUUCAUCGCCGAUUCCGAGAAGGAGAAGGAGGACUGGAUCAACUCCAUCGGUCGCUCCAUCGUCCAGCACUCCAGAUCCGUCACUGAUUCCGAGAUCGUCGAUUAUGAUAACAACUCCGCCAAGCGCUGAUGACGUGCUCUGCUAUCCAAUUGCCUCUUUCGGUGAAUUCUCCUUUUCUUUGUCCGUUUUACUGUAUUUGUGUACAUUAUAAUUUAUUACAUCGACGCCGAUCGUGCUCGUUCUUGCGAGGAAACUCUGUUUAUGUACCUAAACUGCUAUGAAAUUGUAAUGUUUUUGGGUUUCGUGGAUAUGUCCAAUCUUUUCGAUGUAAUUGUAAUAGUACGGUGAAAACUUAUAACAAGUUAUGUAUUA